AUGGCGAGAGCGACUUGUAACCUCACAAGCAUUGUCCGUCAGUUGAAAGCGAGGCAACGGGCUCACCUCACAAGCAUGCCAUCCUCCAAUGUGCCACUGUUCAUCGACCAACUUGCAAGCGAGGUGCUUGCCCUUGUCAUUCAGGAAAGCAUCCUUGCGAUGCUCAAGAUUGCACUCGAGGAAGGAGACCAGAUAGACACGGAACUUGAGCAGGAAGCUGUGGACGAAAGGACACUUCGCCAAGGGGAGGUCGAGGGUAGUUAUAGUCACACCGGGGUGUAA